AAGAAAGAAAAGCAGUUUUUCGACCAGUGUGUAGAACAGGUGUUUCGCCCCUUGUUCCAGCAAUACAAGAAUCUCGGCAAAACCAUUGUGCGGUUUGCGAAAUGCAGCGAGCCGCACCGGUGCCCGCUGUCCCGCACGAACUCGCGGGACAUUGUGACUCGGUUCCCGUACCAGGGGGGCACCAAUCCGGACACCCGCAUCAGGCAGGAAGAUUUUCUUGGCCACCAUUACAAAUUUUCCGCCAAUUCCAAGUGGACCCGGGCGUUCGCCAUCCCCACGGCCCACCUAGAGGGCAACAACCCGCUGCGCAGUCGGAACUUUCCCCGGUACUCAAGGUGGUGGCAAGGGCGCUGGAUGCGCGGAAUGGCCGGGGGACCCGAUGACGACGAGGUGUAGAUGAAGCGGGGUGGUAAACCUUGCUUGUGUAAGUGACUAAGCAAGAAGAUUUUUGCGGUCGCAGCUUUCAUUGCCAUGUUCUUUCAGUGUUUCUACAAUUUGAAGGUGUAGUUGCACUCGUUUUUGGAGUUUUUUUGCACUACUUUUGUACAAAACCCCAACUACUUCUACCCCAUUCUGAGAACCUUUUGUUUUCCGCUUGGUAGUGGCCAUGGCGCUACAUCAGCGAACGCAUGAUCAAACAGCCUGUGGUUGAAAUUUGCUUUGUUUCCCAUUCCUCGUCAUCUGCUACCCUGGUACUUUGACAAACGCGCAUAAGAUGGAAGAGCACCGCCACAGUGGGGAGCUUGCGUGCUUCUUGUAACCAAC